AUGUCAGCCCAGCUGAAACGGCAGCGUCGGUCCAAGAUUGCCUGUGAGCCAUGCCGGACCAGGAAGAGGAAGUGCAACGGCCAGCAUCCUUGCGAGAUGUGCACAGACUCUGAGUACACAUGCCACUAUGACUUGGGCUCUCGCAAGAAACGAAACAAGGGCCUCGUCCUGGAAAGUCUGAUGACAGUCCGACCGGCGCAGAGGCAGCAGGCGGGGUCACAUUGGGAGCGCCCAACGGCCCCGACUCCACGACGUCCAUCGCCGCCAGGGGAGCGAUUUACCAACACUGUGCAGCAGUCGAUCGGACCCAAUUCCGGCGCAGUCUUUGUGCAGAACCUGGGACUCAAGAUCGACCCUGUCAACGCACUCAAUCCUCAGGUCUUCGCGUGGAAUAUCGGGCUGCGCAAAUUGCCGGGCAGCUUCAUGGCGAUGUCGAUCGUAAAUAUCAUAUCCGCGGAGGAAAUGACCGCGCUGGCCCACAUGUUCUUUGACAAGGUAGCUCCUUACUACGGCUUUGUUGACAGGGACAGCUGCUUUGAGCAUAUCCGGUCGAGAUGGGAUCGACCGACCGGUUUUGAACCGUACGAUAUCGUCCUUUGUGGAGUGGCCGCGAUGGGCUGCUUGUUUUCUCAAAGGAAGGCAGCAGCCGCAGAGCUACAUCUGGUUGAAUCGGCCAAGUCGGCUCUCGAACAGCGUUCUCAAUGCGAGAUACCGCCCCUGAUAUUGAUCACGGGAUGGGCCCUUCGAGUGUCUUACCUGCGGUUAACGGCGUCGCCUCACACGGCCUGGCUGGCGAGCUGUUCAUUAAUGCACCUCAUUGACGCGUCCGGUCUUCACCUCGAUCCGUCAUCGAGACAUGAGCUUCUACGACCGACGCCGAAUAUCGACGAUGAUAUCAGGCGUAGGCUAGUCUCGUUUGCCCAAUACAUCAACACAUGGGUAUCGUUCGACUUGGCGCGAUCAAGAAUCAUCUUACAUGGCGUAUCCUACAAAACCCCAUCCAGCCGAGACGGUGAUUUCACGGCCGAGAUGUUGGAUCUGUUGCCCCUUUCCGAGAGUCUUGACCCCUUCACACCGGUCGACGCAGCCCAGCUUACCACCAUGCUCGUCAAUAUCAUGCAAAGCAGCCGCGCCCAACCUCCGUCGGUUCUCUCUCAAUGUAACCUCGUUUUAUGCAUCUUCCGCCGUCUGCGUGCAGUUCACUCCACUCUCUCCCCAGCUCUGAUGAGCCAAAUGCUGGAGCUGAUUACGAAAGCUCUCGCCUGCGCUCGCCAACUAGUAGACGCAAACUGCCCAUGGAGCCACGUGGCGAAUGUCCCCUUCCAGGCUAUCUGCACGCUCCUGGCGGUGGACAGUCCGGAGUCGUUGUCUCUGUUAGACGACGCGGUGCAGACUCUCAAAUACGUGACGGAUGUCUAUGACACUGAGGUAUUGAGGGAAGCAUACCGCACCGCGGGCUCUCUCAUUCUAUUGCAGCAGAGACGAAAGGAGCACGAUGCAGGCCGUUUGACCAGUAUCUGGGGGCGGCACUUCGGCCCUGAUAACGAUACCAUGUCGCAGCGACGGCCGAGCAUACAGGAUUCCGAGUCUUUCAGGGACUUGGUCGCGGAUUUGUCCAGUUCGGAGAAUUUCGAUUUUGCGCAGUUCUUUAUCGCGGAUAACCCCUGGAAUGCGCUGGGAAUGGAUAGCUAG